UGUGCGGCAGAGGCAGGCCGUGGAGGUGUACAGAACUUGUCGUCGCCGGAAGCAUCUGUAACUUUUCUCUUCUUGGCCGCGGCAACAAUGUUUCUUUUUUGAUUGCUCUUCUUUUUCGAUGUUCUUCCAGUCAGUUUACAUGGGCAAUGUAGCUUGAACAUGUGAACGCGUUUACUUUGUUCUGUCUUAUGGAAGUUUUAGAUUAAUUUAGUCUAAAACUGGAGUCUGAACGCUAUAAUUACCCCCAAAAAAUUGAAUCCCUGUGACCUGCACUGGAUUUAAAUUUUGUAAAAUAUAGAAGGCACUUUUUUUGCGUCUUCGGAAUCUAUAUCGACGUGAAGAUUUGUUUUCGCUAGAUCCCCAACAACGUGCGGUUUAUGUUCGAUGCCUCACGGCAUUGUUCUGUCUCGACCAGGCAUGUAAGGUCCCUCGAGCUGAGGAAUGAGUGGCCGCGAGCAAUCGGGCGGUGAACACUAUUUUCGGAUUUAAGAACUGGGUGGAAUAUCUGAAGUUUCUGAACAUGGAUAUUACAGUGUCAGAGUUGAUGGGAAACUUCAUGGAUACGCCGCUGGUGGUGUGGGUGAAGACCUUUGGACCCCUGGGCUCUGGCUCAGAGGACAAACUCUCCAUGUUCAUGGAUCUGGUGGAUGGUGUCUUCCUGCACAAGAUCAUGACACACAUAGACCCCAGCCCCACAAAUCAGAGAGUGAAUAAGAAUGUGAACAAUGAUGUGAACCUACGAAUCCAGAACCUCAACAUUGUGAUCAGGCACAUCAAGAACUACUACCAGGACAGUCUCCAGCAGCUCAUCCUGAUGACCCUGCCUAAUGUGCUGACCAUCGCGAAGGACCCCCUCUCAGGCAAGGGCAUGGAGGAGGUGAAGAGACUGCUGCUGUUGAUCCUAGGCUGUGCUGUACAGUGUGAGAGGAAAGAAGAGAUCAUUGAGAAAAUCAAACUGCUCGACAUCGAGAAGCAGGCAGCCAUCGUCUCCCACAUUCAAGAGGUGACCCAUAACCAGGAGAAUGUGUUGGACAUGCAGUGGCUGGAGCUGCCAGACAUGCCCCCUGAGGAGCUCAACCCCCUGUCCCGUAACAUGGCCCUUCACCUCCGCAAACUCAUAGAUGAACGAGAUGAAUGUGCAGAGGUGAUCGUGGAGCUGACCCAGGAGAAGGACUACCUCCAGUCCCAGCAGCCCUCCAAUCACAUCGGUUACCCCUGUCCUGAGAGGAAUGUGUUGGGCCUGGACGGACCCGUCUCACUGCUGUCCAAAGAGGACCGCCAGCACCUGGCUGUGGAGCUGGCCGACACUAAAGCCAAACUGAGACGCUCACGGCAGGAACUGGAGGAGAAGACUGAGCAUCUGAUGGAUACCAAACAUGAGGUGGAGAGGCUGGACCUGGAGAUGCAGAAACUCAAGCAAGAGAACAUGCAGGUGCUGGCGGAGGCACGGUCGGUGCGUGCCUACAGGGAUGAGGUGGAUGCUCUGAGGGAGAAGGCAGCCAAGGUGGACAGACUGGACACAGAGCUGUCACGCUGCAAGGAGAGGCUACACGACGUCCACUUCUACAAGACACGAGUCGAGGAGCUGAGAGAGGACAACGUGACUCUGAUUGAUACCAAAGCCAUGCUGGAAGAGCAGCUGGGGGCAGCCAGGGGGCGCUGUGACAAACUACAUGAGUUGGAGAAGGAGAACCUGCAGCUGCGCUCCAAACUCCAUGACAUGGAGAUGGACCGGGUCACAGAUAAGAAGCGCCUGGAGGAGCUGAUAGAGGAGAACAUGCUGCUGGAGAUCUCUCAGAAACAGAGCAUGAACGAGUCUACCCACCUUGGCUGGGAGCUGGAGCAGCUUGCUAAGAACAAUGACAACAGUGACACGCGCAAGUCGUUUGUGUUUGAGCUGAACGAGUCUACGUCGAGCCGUCUGCUGAAGCUGGAGAAAGAGAACCAGGUUCUGCAGACCACCAUACAGGAGCUCAGAGAGGCUUCCCUAAGUCUAGAGGAGGGCCAGCUACAUACCUUGGAGCUGGAGAGUGAGAACCAGGGCCUCUGCAAGAAGCUGGAGCAUCUGCAGACCCUGCUGGACCAGGAGAAGCAGACAACCCAGGACAUGGAGGGUCUCGGGGAAGAUCUACUCAAAGACAAGCAGAAACUGGAUAAGGCUCUGGAGACAUUGCAGGAAGACAAGGACAGACAGAUCUCUGAGCUGGAGCAGGAGAAGGAGCACCUGAGCCAGGCGGUGAGCUCCCUGCGUCAGCGCGCCCAAGCCAACAGUGAGGCUCGGGUCAGGGAGGUGGAGAUGGAGAACCGCGUCCUCCACCAGACCAUCACGGACACCGGGUCCAAGCUGGCCCGGCUAGAGGCCGAGGGCAAGCAGUCGACUAAGGAGCUGGAGACACUGAGGGAGAGGGGGGAGCGCUGUGAGGAGCUGGAGAGGGAGACUGCACAUCUUGGGAGGAGCAAAGAGCAGCUUCAGAGGGAGGUGGCGUCGCUGAUGAUUACGUGUGACCGGGCCGAGGCCCUGGAGAGAGACAACGCCAGCCUAGAGCAGGACAACCGGAGGCUGAAGAAGCAGGCGGACACGGCCCAGAACACCAGCCUGCGCCUGACUACUCUGGAGAAGGACCACAGCCUCCUGGACCAGGAGAACCUGGAGCUCCGCCGCACUGUGGAAUCUCUUCGGCCGGCCGCCGUGCGCCUGGCCCAGCUCCAGCAGGAGAAUGGGGAGCUAGAGCGGGACAGGGAGGAGCUGGCCCGGUCUGUGGAGGAGCUGAGGUCCCAGGGGAAAAGGGCAGAGAGGCUGGAGAUGAGCAUCAGCAGCCUGGGUCAGGAGAACCAGAGGCUCCAGCAGAGCCUGGACAACAGCUCCACAAAGAUCCAGGGGCUGGAAAGGGAGCUAAGGCAGGCCGAGGCUGAGACAGGGGGGCUAAGAAGGGAGCUGGAGGUGGUGUGCCUGGUGGCGAAACGCCUGGAGGCAGUGGAGAAGGAGAAGAGGGGGCUGGAGCAAGAACUGGGCCAGUCAGAGAAGGAGAGUAAGCAGCUGGAGAAGGAGGCACGGAGGCUGUGGCAGCAGCUGGAGGUGAAGGAGAGGGUGCUGGAGGAGAGUGCUCUGAGGCUGGCCUCCCUGGAGAAGGAAGGCAUCACCAAGGAGAAAGAGCUGGAGAGGUUAAAGGAGGUGACUGGGAAGGUCAAAGAGCUAGAGAGGGAGAACAAGGAGCUGCAGAAACAGGCCACGAUUGACAAGAGGACCCUGGCCACACUCCGAGAGGACCUGGUGAAUGAGAAGCUAAAGGUGCAGCAGCAAUGGAACGAGUUGGAGACACUGAGCCAUGAGCUGGAGAAGAUCGGACUGAACAGAGAGAAACUACUGCAGGAGGAGCACAGCUGUGAAGACAAUAAGUUCAAGAUCUUGGAGAGUAAGAUCGAGUCAACACUGAAGAAGACUCUGGAGAUCCGUGAGGAGAAGAUUCAGGGGCUGGAAUCCCGACUGGAGGAGUCUAGUAGUCUCAACCAGCAGCUACGCACUGAACUCAGCACCGUGAAGAAGGCUCUAGAGGCUCUGCGACAGAGGCAGGAGGAAGAGGAGGCCCACUCCCAGACCCAGAGCUCCACACUGCAGGCUGUAGGUCAGGGCCAGGGCAGGCCUGGCCAGAAGGAGAAGUGGGAGACGGAGACUAGAGAGGCCACCGCGGAGCUCCUCAAACUCAAGGACCGCCUCAUCGACAUAGAGAAGAAUAAUGCAACCCUGCAGACAGAGAAGCACCUUCUGAAGGAGCAGCUGAGACAGCUGGACACCCAGAACAGUCAGCUGAAUGCCCAGACUGUGGCCGUACAGAGGCAGUCUGCUGUACUGCAAGAGCACAACACGGCCUUGCACACACAGACAGCCAAGCUACAGGUGGAGAACUCCACCCUCAACUCCCAGAGUGCAUCUCUCAUGGCCCAGAAUGCUGUGCUGCAGGGCCAGGUGGGGGCGCUGGAGAGCGAGUCAGAGGCGUGGCAGCGGCAGCGGGAGGAGGCGCGGGUGGGUAGGGAGAGCGUGCUGCAGGAUCACGAGCGCCUGCUGAGUGUGCAUGAGAGACAGGCAGCAGAGUACGAGCAGCUCAUCGCCCAACACGCCACCCUGAAGGGCAACCAGAGAGCUCUGGAGCAAGAGCACCGCACACUGGAGAACAAGUACAUAGUGCUCCUGAAGCAGAAAGAUGCCAUGGAGGCGCUGGAGUCCACCCUCCAGAAGGAGAGGGAGAGUCUAGGAGAGGAGAUCCACAAAAACGCCCUGAUCCUGGGGGAGAACCAGAGCCUGAGGGGGGAAGUGGACAGGUUGACCCAGACACAUACCCAGCUACGUGCGGAGUAUAAUGGGCUGCAGGUGCAGACCAAGGAGCUGAAGACUAGUCUGAAUGGAGCUCAGCUGGAGGUGAACCGCUGGCAGGCCAGAUAUGAUUCAAUGAAGGAGCAGCACCAGGGCCUGGACAUCUCCAUGACCAAGCUGGACAACCACUGUGAGUUGCUGACGCGUCUGAAGGGGAACCUGGAGGAGGAGAACCACCACCUGCUGAGUCAGAUCCAGAUGUUGAGCCAACAGAACCAGACCCUUCUGGAGAGAACCAUGGAGAGCAAGGAGCUCUACCACGAAGAGCAAAAACAGUACAUUGACAAGUUGAACUCACUCCGGAGGCAGAAAGAGAAGCUGGAGGAGAAGAUCAUGGAUCAGUACAAGUUCUAUGAUCCAACGCCUAAAAAGAAGAACCACUGGGCCGGGGCAAAGGCCUUGGCCAAACUCAUCAAGCCCAAGAACAGACAGGACAGCUCGAGGGAGAGGGUGCGGAGUGCCCCAGACAUCCCCCUGCCUGAUCCUCCCACUCUGGACUUCCCUGACAUACCUCCCCCGCCUCCCCCUCCUCUACCCCCCCGCCAGUCCCGUCUCAGCCUGGACUCUGUGGGGAACCAUUCUCAGGAGGAGAACCACCACGGACAGGGGCACUCCCCUACCCUCACCCCCACCCCCACCCACUCCAGCAGAGCACUAAACGACAGUGGAGUGUCCCGAGGCAGGGAGCUGUACCGAAUUCCAGGGGGUAGCAGUGAGAGUGUCAAUGGCACAGAAGAGCUCUACGCCAGAAGAAGAGGUGUGGAGCUAGGGGGUGCUGCUCACUCCACCCUCGCCAACCACACCUCCACUUCAGGCCUGACACCCAACUCAAGCUCCAGGCCUGGACGCAGACCCAAAGGUUUUAUCCACGAGGACGACCCUCGGGUUCACUCCCCCGACACCCUGUUUGGGAGCAGUAUCCAUGGAAACGCAGGUUAUCGACCAGGCUCUGCUGAGCUCAGCCACAACACCUCCAGCAGCAACUCCCCUGUUAACUGCAAAGAUUCCCUGGAGCGCCUGCAGGGCCGUUCUGCCAGCCUGUCCAGUGAUGACGUAGUGGGCGUUAGUCAAGACGUUUCCCACUCCCUGUCUCUCCCCCGGAGCUCCACGGUUCCCUACGACACCCAUACACACACCCCGACCAAGAGGAGUGCACCCCGGCCGGGCCGCCACCGAACCUCCUCCCCUGGCAGCGAUAUGGUCACCUUGGAAGAGUUCCUGGAGGAGAGCAACACCCUCUCACCACCGACUGUGCAGACAGGCAGUCGGGAGGACCUGAUGGAGGAAUACUUCAGCAGAACAGGAGAGCGGGAGAGAUCCACCUCUGGCCGGCCCGCUCUGAGAGAUGGAGCCAAGACCCCAACCAGCUAUGUCACGCCCACCGUGAAGAGAGACACAGACCUCCAACGGGCCGGCGAGGUGCCAGGCAGGAACUCCAAACCAGGCCAGAGCGUCAGGCCCAUCGUCCAGCUCCCUGAGGGAUCCACCUCCACACCUCAGUCCCAGACCCUACCCAACCGGGCCAGCAACGGGUUAGGGACAGGGGGAUGGCCCUCACCCCUGGGACCUCCUGCACCCCGUGGAGGUGGUCUGGGCAGCAGCAGUCUGUCUCGGACCUUCAGCCUGGCCUCUGCUGACCUGCUGCGCUCAAACGGUCCAGAUAGCUACCGGACAGACAGGGAGGCAGGUGGCUCACCCAGCCAGAGUGGAGGUGGUGGAAGUGUGGAUGGGGUGGUCAGGAGGCCUGGGGCUGGAACCAUGGCCAGAGAGCGCCCCCACUCUGCCAGGCUAGCAGGACCCUCGGACAUAGACCCCCGCAGGCUGCCUCUGGCUCCACCCAAAGAGGAACCACUCAGCCUGACCCUUCCCCAGCACCACUCCUCCUCCCUAUCCUUGCAGCCCGAGCGAUACGGAGGAAGAACAACACCAGGCUCCACCCCCAGGAACAACGGACCCAGCACCGGACAGCAACAGGGACGACCCAACCCCCAGCAGAAUCAGAAGAACCAUCGUGGGGAGGUUGCCAUGGUGACGCCAGUCAGGGCAGUGCCGGCUCUGAGACUGGAGGAGGCACAGGAGGAAGAGGUGCAGCGCAGGGAGGUGCGGCUACAGGCGGACUCCCCGUUACUGAAGAAACCGGAGGUGGGAGGAGGAGGGGGGCUGAGCUGUGGCACAGAGGAGCCCCCCACGAGCACCCCUGCCUCCCCAGACCCCAAUAACGACCCCCAGACUGUGUGGUAUGAAUAUGGCUGUGUCUAGGAGGCGUUAGUGUAGUUACAGACCACAGCCUCAGUACUGUACAAACACUGUUCUUCCUGCUAAACCACAUGAUGUCUGGCCUGGUCUUGUCUGGCACUCCUCGGCUGGUCCUUACUGUACUGGAUAUAUCCUUUGUGAUUCGGACUGUUUGAAACUUCCUAACUGUAAUCUUUAAUGGUGAAACAGCCAACAACAAAGAAGUUACUGCACACAACGAACACUGUUUUUCCCCUCAGACAUCAUUACACGCACGACAGGAGAGCAAAAUAUGUACUGCUUGUUUGUUUUUUUACCAUGCUGCGCAACGUCUUCUCAGCUCGGCAUCAAAAACAAUAACGGUGUUGGUGUGGCGGCCAGUGGCGCUGUUUCCUCCUACUGCGGAUUUAAAGCUUCAUAAAGGAGAUGCUGCCACACAGAGACCACCUCAACACAUCACAGGGGCCUGUACCCAGCUGGCAAAACAUAUGGUUGAUUUGAUUUGCAUGACCAAGGGACCACCAGUACCGCAGUUACAUUAGCACAUGAAUGCUUUGAGGGAGACAAAAGGCACUAGGGAGCGACGAAUGUAUUUUAAUAUUUUUCUAUUGGACACCACUGAUUCCCCUCAGCUCUCUGUGCACUGUAUAUACAACCUUGGCCUCGUCCAAGAAGUUAUAUUCUGAAUCUGAAAAACAAACAUUUUGGGGAAGGAGAAAAGAACCACUCCCAGAGUAAUUGCAUGGUAAUUUCUGUCCUCCAUCUUUAGGAGCUUAAGGACAGACAGUGUUUGAUUGUCUCAACACAGCCUCGGAGUGACACAUUACUGGAAAAAGGUCUGCUCCAACUUCGAACAUACUGUUUUCUGUUGUGGCCUGUGGGUGACCAAACUAUGGGCUUUGUGAAACUGGCUUGUGGGGAGCAUGUAAUUCAUCCCAUAUCUGUCCUUGUGCACGCGAGGCAGGACGAGAAAGUAGAGGGAGAGAGCACCGCACUGACCAACUUCCGAAAAGAGAAAAGGCAGGGAUUUUGUAGCAAGAGGGGGGAUACUUUUUAAAUGAAAGGAGUGAAGGAGGAUUGAGAAAGUGAUGGAGAUGGAGCGAAAGUGAGUUUAAAAAUAAAAUAUGGACAACGAUGGAAAUGGUGACAUGAUGAUUAAAACAGAUGAAGAUGAGAGUUAGAGAUUGGUCAGGUUGAGAAAUAAAACGGUGAAAUAUUUCGUACUGUCCAUGACUGACCACCGUGAAUGCCCCCAGAAACUAGUGUCUAUACCAGAGCUCUCCAACCCUGUUCCCGGAGAGAUACCUUCAUGUAGGUUUUCACUCCAACUCCAGUUGUAACUAACCUGAUUCAGCUAAUUAUUAGAAUCUGGUGCACUAGAUUGUGGUUGAAGUGAAAACGUACAGGACGGUUGGAGAGCCCUGCUAUAUACAGUAGAACACUGUCAGUUUUGAUGUUUUCUAUAUGCAUAUGAUGAAUAUUAUUUUCCAAAAUCAUUCCAAAAAGCACUAUACAAUGAAGUAGAUAAUGAGUCUGAACACUGGAUACAUUUUUACUACAGAAAACGAGUACAUUGUCGACCAAGGGUUAAGAGUUUGUCUUUUUCAUUUUGAGUUCUUGAUAGUGUUAAAUGUAAGUUGUUUUUUUUAGAUACUGUCUGCUACCCAGCUAUAAAAUGGCAAUAAGACUCGAUGUAUUUAUGUUCCCCUCGAUGAUAAAACUACACUUUGUCUGCAUGUUUUUUUUUUUCUCACCUAAAUGUGUUUGUUGUGAAGUGAACAGUGUGUGUUUCAUUGUAAGGUUGGUGGUGUUUGAAUUGUGCACAAGCUCAUUAAUUUAAAAAGUAUCGAUGCGUUUUCUGUAUUCGUAAAAAGUCAGUGGAUAAAAUUCUAAUUAGACUCCUGUAUUAGGUGGAUGAUUAGUCUGCCUGUUACAGUGUAACAAUGCAUUAGAUCACUAUAUAGAGCAUGAAAAUUGACCAUAUUUGGCACUUUUCUCUACUAAAUCAAAUUUCCCUUCCACAGCUGUUCUCUUCAGAUUGAUGAAAGGUUGGUAUGGUUGGCAUUCCCAAGAGAAAUAUCAUCUGUUUUGCAUUGAAUCUCACACGUGUUUGUGUGUGUGUGUGGGUGCACACAUACACACCUAUGCACAAUGUGUGCCAUCACCAUGUGUACAGGUGUCUAAGGUCUUGUCUAACUGGUGCACAGUUUCUGUGUGUAAUGUACAGUAGGUUAGAGAUUUGAUUUUGAUAAUCAUGACCAAACACUACUAAAAAAUGACUGGAGUUCUAAAAGACACACCUACCAACGUGCACAGAUACUGAAAUGAAAAUAUUGCAAAUGUUUUCAUAGCUUAAUGUAGAUACAUAGACCUUUUCUGUCCAAAAACAAUGGAAACCUUUUUAAAUAAAGAUUUGUAAAAUUA